UGGUCACCUUCCUUGCAUGCGUAAUGACAGGGUACAGUCUUGUCUCGGUUUUCAAUUAUGUGCAUGGAUAUUUCGUAUAACUCAACGGUGCAUAACUAAUUAUAACACAAAGGCAAAAUAAGAUGCAAUUAAUUUCCCCAAACAAAUAACAUGACAUUCACGUAAUAAUCAGAAACCGAUAUCCCUCGUUAUGAAUGACGAUUUGUCUAUUCAUGUUUUCGGAACGUUUUAGAUUUAUCGAAUCUUCAAAAUUAACAAUUCUACAAUCACCACAUAAUGGCCUCUGCUAUGGAACAGCAACAGCAGCAACAACAACAACAAACAACUUUAGAAUUUUAUCAAGCAAUGGCUGAUUUCAAAAACAUGUUUCCACAAAUGGAUGAUGAUGUGAUUGAGGCUGUGUUAAGAUCUAACCAAGGUGCCGUAGAUACGACAAUCGAUCAGUUGCUUACUAUGAGUACAGAUAAUGAAAAUGAAAAAAUUAGAAGUGAAUUAGAGCAAAAUGAAAAAUCACCAAGUACUUCUAAGUCACAGAAAGCAGAGUCAACAAUAUCCUUAAAAAGUAUACGUAAAUGGCAACCUGCUUUAUUAGGUCCAUUACCAGAUACAUUCCUUCGGCUUCCUCAACAAGUUUGUGAAGAUAGUUUAGAUUCUUCCUGUUUACAAGAAAAUUCGAUGUUAGAAGAUGAAAGAAUUGCUAUAUUUCUUCAAAAUGAAGAAUUUAUGGCUGAACUACGUUGGAAUGAAGACUUUCUGUCAACUUUAGAAAAUGAUACAAAAAUUCAAGGAACAAGCCUUGAAAAGUGUGGCAAUCAAAUUGGUCAUGAUGAUGAAGAUCUUUUUAAAGAAAGACUAAAAAAUAUGGGCAAAGUAUCUCGACGUAAGUUUGCACAACUUACUAAAGUAUUUACACGCAGUAAAAAACGAGGGGGUAGACAGUUAUUACCCCCAACAGCUUCCUGUGACGAUUUAUUGGACCCAGAGGAGUCGUCUAGAUUUCAAUCUUAGAAAUUAUAACACUUCCUUCAUUCUACCAGAAAAAACAAUUUUUCAGUAAUUGGUACUUACAGCAAUUUAUCCAGUCCGGAAAUGGGAAAGAGGCAUAUCUGUAUUAAUAUGAAUAAUUGAAUGGCAAAUUGCAAAGGAAAUUUAGAUGGAAAUAGUUUUAUUAAUGCGGAUCAUUUAAAUUAGAAAACAAUUAGUAAGACUCAUAUUCUGUGCAGUUUAAUUAACAUGAUAUUAUUAAGUUGCUUGAAUAACUGUUUAAUUCAAGAGCACAGAAAGAUCAAAAGAUAAAAUGUAGGAAUAAUAGCCCUAAAUAUUAUCUAAGAAAAAAUUGCAAAACUACAAAAUAUUUCGUAUUUUAAUAAUGUACUGUGAACCAGUA